AUGUCAGCUGAUCACACAAGAGACCCAUGUCCUAUUGUUAUCUUAAAUGAUUUCGGAGGUGCCUUUGCUAUGGGAGCAAUUGGUGGUUGUGUAUGGCAUGGUAUUAAAGGAUUCCGUAAUUCUCCAUAUGGAGAAAGAAGAUAUGGAGCCAUGAGUGCCAUCAAAGCCAGAGCACCAGUAGUUGGAGGUAAUUUCGGUGUUUGGGGUGGUUUAUUCUCGACAUUUGAUUGUGCCGUCAAGGGAGUACGUAAGAGAGAAGAUGCUUGGAAUGCAGUUAUUGCUGGGUUUUUCACUGGUGGUGCACUUGCGAUUAGAGGUGGAUGGAAACAUACUAGAAAUUCAGCUAUUACUUGUGCUUGUUUAUUAGGUGUUUUCGAAGGGGUUGGUAUGAUGAUGCAAAGAAUGCAAGCUCAACCUACUAUGGCCCCAGCUUAUCCUGAAGAACCAGUUCAACUUGCUGCUUAG